UGCAACUCGCCACUGACAGUUCGUCGUCUGUCGUUUCCUCUGAGCGGGAGUGGCAAGCUGGGGUUCCCAGCAAGGGCGUGGUCAGCAAUCGAGGCUCAACUUCAUCGUUGAUCUCAAUUCCGAUGAGGGCUCUCGCUCUCUUCUCCCCGACCCGCUCAAGGGCCCCCUGAUGAUCCAUCCCUGGAUCCAUCCCUUUCACUGCCCAGCAGCCCAGCUCCACGCUCCGCGAACCGGAGUUAGCUCGCCAUGGGUGUCCAGGGCCUCUGGACAGUGGUGCAGCCCUGCGCGCGCCCGACUAACCUCUCAACGCUGAACCGCAAGCGGCUCGCCAUCGACGCCUCCAUCUGGAUCUACCAGUUCCUCAAGGCAGUCCGCGACAAGGAGGGCAACGCCCUGCGCAACAGCCAUGUGGUCGGCUUCUUCCGCCGCAUUUGCAAGCUGCUGUGGUACGGCGUAAAGCCCGUCUUCGUCUUUGACGGCGGCGCCCCCGCCCUGAAGCGCGCCACACUCCAGGCCCGCCGGCGGAGGCGGGAAGGGCGGCAGGAAGAUGCGGCGCGCACCGCAGGGAAGCUGCUGGCUGUGCAGAUGCAGCGCAUCGCUGAGGAGGAGGAGGAGAAGCGCAGAAGACGCGCCGAGGCUGCGUCGGGCGUUGCUGCGAGAGAGGCCGAGGAAGAGCAGGAGCAGCUGCCCAGCAUGGACCAGAUCGUAUACGCGGACGAGCUCGGCAUGUCCAAGCAGGAGCGUCAAAAGUCCCGUCGCUUCCACAAGCAAGAUGCCUAUCAUUUGCCAGGGUUGGAAAACGGCAUCGAAGCCAUGGGGAAGCCGAAUGACCCGCGCAUCAUGAGCAUCGAGGAGCUGGAGGAGUAUGCUCGCCAGUUCAACAACGGCGAAGAUAUAAAUCUCUAUGACUUCAGCAAGAUUGACUUUGAUGGCGAGUUCUUCAAGAGCCUACCGCCCGCAGACCGGUACAAUAUCCUGAACGCGGCCAGGAUACGCAGCCGUCUGAGGAUGGGCCUGAGCAAGGAACAGCUAGACACCAUGUUUCCAGACCGCAUGGCCUUUUCCAGGUUCCAGAUCGAGAGAGUCAAAGAGAGAAACCACCUCACGCAGCGCCUGAUGCACGAGAUGGGUAUGGCUGGCACCGACCUGACGCUCGGUGUGAACCGCAUCGCCGGCGACAGGAACCGCGAGUAUAUCCUGGUGAAAAACGAAGGGGCCGAAGGGGGCUGGGCCCUCGGUGUUGUCAGCAAGGAGAAGGACCGGGGACAGGCUCACAAGCCUAUAGAUGUCGACGCGCUGGAGUUCCAGUAUCAGGGGCGAGCGGAUGAAGAGGAUGAAGACGAAUGGGAAGAUGAGGAGUUUGAGGACGUCCCCAUCGAAGGCUUGAACCGGUUACCGAAGCCGAAGGAUCAUGCUGAAGAGUCGCUGUUCGUCGACAACGGCAUGGGAUCCAACCUCUUCGGAGAGGACGACGCACUUGAAGCCGACGAAGAAGAAGACCUCAACCGAGCCAUUGCUCUAUCAUUGCAAAACCAACACAAUGUUAAGGAGCACCAGGAUGAGGACGAAAAUGAGGAGUUUGAGGACGCACCGGCACCCGAGUGGACACAAAAGGCGGUGGAGGCCCCAAGACCGAUUCCUAGCACUAGCGGGCGGACGGUGGCGCACAUUGUGAACAACAGAGCGAGCGCUGCCGUCCCCAAGCGCCGGGACAGCGAGAGCAGCGACAGCGAUGUCGACUUCCAAGCAGCUCUGGCAGCAGCCAGAAAGAAGCAACCGAGAGCACAGCCGACACCUGCACCUGCACCCUUCAAACCGAACGCGAAGAAUCCAUUUGAGGGUCCACUCCCUUUUGAAAAGCUAGACUGGAGAGCCGCCUUUAGCGGAAAGAGCACAGCCGCUGCAGCAGAGAAGCCCAAGCAGCCUCAGGAGGCCGAAACCGGCGACCUAGAGGCGGCGUCUGAUGACGAGGCUGGGGGCUUCGAACGAGAGCCACCGGCGAGCGAGAGUAUUUCCGCAAAGAAAGACGACAAACCCCUCCCGCUGCCGCCGUGGCUGACAGACGAUACGGAUAUUCGGGAGUCUGUGAGGAAGCAGCAAGAAUUUGAGAGGCAGAUGAACGCCGAGGCCGACGAAACGGACGGGCUGCAGUUCCGCCAAGGUCAAGAAGACGACGUGAUCGAGAUCGAGUCCUCUAGCGACGAAGGCAGCGACAUUGGGAUCUUGGAUGCGCCGCCUCCUGCGAAGCAGCCUGUCACCGAGGUUCCCGGCGCCAACCUCCCGUCGUUAAAGGAUGAUGUCGCAAAGGAGCCCGUCGAGGUGGUGGGCAGUACCGGUCAUGCCGUUGUUACGGAUACACUUGUUGAUAUUCCCGCAGACGGCGAACGGACGCAGAAGCCCCAGGACAAACCGACGGAGCCCGCUGUGGCCGAGUCGGAGGAUGAGGAGAUGGAGUUCGAGGAUGUGGUCUUGCCCACAGAACCCGGGCAAACCGUUGACGCGGCGGCCGAUGCCGUCCAAGGCUCCGAAGAAGCCCAAAUUGAAGCGGAGUUGUUCGGCGAGAGCACCCCUCCUCCAGCGCAGCAGACCAGGAUAGAAGGACUAGCACCUGCCCGUGAAAGCUCGCCCAUUGACCCCGAUGCACCGGGUCCGGAGGAAUUCGACGACUUCAGUGACCCUGAGGAGGAGGAGCUCAUGGCCCAGUUGGCCGAGGAGGCAGAAGAGCACGCUCGGUUCGCCAGCCAGCUGAACAACAAGUCUCAGCGUGAAAACCAGGAAGCCUACGAGCAGGAGCUGCGGGCCCUGCGCGCUCAGCAGAAGAAAGACAGGCGCGACGCAGACGAGGUUACGCAGGUCAUGAUCACCGAGUGCCAAGCGCUGCUGCGUCUCUUCGGCAUUCCCUACAUCACUGCCCCGAUGGAAGCGGAAGCGCAGUGCGCCGAGCUCGUGCGCCUAAAUCUCGUGGACGGGAUCGUCACCGACGACUCGGACAUCUUCCUGUUCGGCGGCACGCGCGUCUACAAAAACGUGUUCAACAGCAACAAAUACGUCGAAUGCUACCUCGCCACGGACCUCGAGACGGAGCUUUCGCUCUCGCGCGAGCAGCUCAUCUCGCUCGCCCAGCUGCUCGGAUCUGACUACACCGAAGGCCUGCCCGGCGUGGGCCCCGUCACGGCGCUCGAGAUCCUCUCCGAGUUCCCCGGGCGGGACGGCCUCACUGAGUUCAGGGACUGGUGGCAGGACGUGCAGAACCGGGGCCGACCCAAGGACGCCGACGCGGCCUCGCCCUUUCGGCGCAAGUUCCGCAAGGCCCACGCCACCAAGCUGUUCCUCCCGCCGGGCUUCCCCAGCCCCGCCGUCGCCGAGGCCUACCUGCACCCGGAGGUCGACUCGUCCCCGGAGCCGUUCCAGUGGGGCGUGCCCGACCUCGACGGCCUGCGCCGCUUCCUCGUCGACACCAUCGGCUGGGACCAGGAGCGCACCGACGAGGUGCUCGUGCCCGUCAUCCGCGACAUGAACCGGCGCGAGGUCGAGGGCACGCAGAGCAAUAUCACGAGGUUCUUCGCCGGCGCUGUGGGCUCGGGCGCGAAGGAGGCCUUUGCGCCGAGGCAGAGGGCCGCGGGAGGGAGUAAGCGGAUGGCGGAUGCGGUCAGUCGGCUGAGGGCGAAGACGGGUGGUGGUGGUGGUGGCGGCGGUGGUGAUGGGGCGCUGGCUGGGAUGCCUGUUGCCGCGCCGCCGGCGCCGAAGGCGGGGAGGAAGCGUAAGGGGAGAGGGGCGGCGGCUGUUGAAGACGGUGAUGAGGAUGAGGAUGGUGGCGGAGAGGAUGCUGCGAACGAGGUGGAGGAUGAUGCUGGUGGUGGGAAUGGCAAGGGAAAGAGAAAGAGGAAUGGCAGGGCCGCCGGGAGGGGCAAGAAGUCGAAGGCCUGACAGUGUGUAGGCUUAAGCGAUUGCAAGAUACCCGAUGACCCUUUGUUACCCGACUUCAAUCGUGACCUUAAGAGCCAUGGCUCCCAUGACCUCCUAGCCUGCUUUCUUUGGGGCCGUCGCAUUCGGAAAGGCGCCGUUCUAGCAGUUCAAUGGUCCUUCACGCAGUAUUCAUUUCGUAUAAGGUGUGGUG